AUGGGAAGGGCUCCUUGCUGUGAGAAAGUUGGGUUGAAGAAGGGGAGGUGGACGGCAGAGGAAGAUGAAAUCUUGGGAAAAUACAUUCAGGUCAAUGGAGAAGGUUCUUGGAGGUCAUUGCCUAAGAAUGCAGGUCUAUUGAGGUGUGGGAAGAGUUGCAGACUCAGAUGGAUUAACUAUUUGAGAGCUGACCUUAAAAGAGGAAACAUUUCUGCUGAAGAGGAAACCACUAUCGUCAAGUUACACGCUUCUUUUGGUAACAGGUGGUCUUUGAUAGCGAGUCACUUACCAGGAAGAACGGACAACGAAAUAAAGAACUACUGGAAUUCUCACCUCAGCAGGAAAAUUUACAGUUUCCCAAGGAUGGAGACGCAACCAGGAACCAUGGAUACACCUAAAGUAGUGUCUAUUCCUCCCAAGCGAAAAGGUGGCAGAACAAGCCGUUGGGCAAUGAAGAAGAACAAAACCCACACCCAAAAUAGCAACAGACCCAAACACACUUUCAUUGAACAGAAUAUUAUUGACAUCGCAGUUCCGACGCCACCUACUCCGUCGCUGGAGAGCGAGGGUGUGUCCAACGCCGUUACGGAUUUGACGGCGGCGGCGGACGCUGACGUGGCAGAAGAGCAUGGUGAGGCGAGAAGGGAGGCAGAAGUAAAUGAAAAGUGUGAGAAGGAGAAGAGCGUGGAAGAAAGCGGUGAUGGGGACAUCUUAGGACUGUGUGAAUUUGAGGACAUUAAUGAGGGAAGCGGGGCGUUGUGCAUUAGUGACAUGUUGGAAAGUUGUUUGGCGGAAACAAGUGGGGUUUGGGACAUAAGUGAGGAGAGAGAGAGGAAUGAUGUGGUAGUGGCGGGUGGUGCUGAUGCGUGUCCCAACAAAACGUCGUCGUGCGAGAGCAGCGUCAAUGGCGAUUCCUGCUCUUCCAUGGCCCUAGGCUUGGAUAAACACUGGGAUUGGGAGAGCGUGGUAGAGUUCAAUAACAUUGCUGAGUCCCAACUCUUUUGUGAUGAUUGGGAACACAAAGAGAAACUCUUGACUUGGCUUUGGGAGGACGGUGAUUGGGAAAGCGACACCAUGAAAUUGGGAGAGACAGAUCCCCACACGCCAAACGACGUCAUUGAUUGGUUUCUCUCUUGA